UCAUGGACGUGUUGCAGUUCUACAAGUGGCUUGACAUCAAGACUGUUUUGGUAUUUUUAGUUGUGUUUUUAUUUUUGAGUGAUUAUAUCAGAAAUAAAUCGCCGAAAAACUUUCCUCCUGGACCCUGGUCUUUGCCGUUUAUUGGACACAUUCAUCAUAUCGAGCACAAGAAGGUUCAUCUUCAGUUUUUAAAGUUUGCUGAAAAAUAUGGCAAGAUUUUCAGCAUAAGACUUUUUGGACCAAGAAUUGUAGUGUUGGAUGGAUAUAAACUGGUAAAGGAGGUGUAUUUGCAACAGGGUGACAAUCUGGCUGAUCGGCCCAUUUUACCAAUGUUUUAUGACAUCACUGAAGACAAAGGGUUAAUUGGGUCCAAUGGGUAUAAAUGGAAGCACCAGAGACGAUUUGCACUCUCAACUUUUCGAACCUUUGGAUUGGGGAAGAAAAGUCUGGAGCCGUCCAUUCUCCUGGAAUGCAGUUGUCUGAAUGACGCCUUUUCAAAUGAACAAGGUCGACCCUUUGACCCUCGCUUACUUCUGAACAACGCUGUCUCAAAUGUGAUCUGUGCGCUUGUGUUUAGUAAUCGAUUUGACUACAGUGACCAUCAUUUCCAGACUCUGUUAAAACACAUCAAUGAGGUCUUAUAUCUGGAAGGAACAGUCUGGGCUCAGCUUUACAACUUUUUCCCAUGGCUCAUGCGACGACUGCCUGGACCCCACCAAAAAAUAUUUGUUCUGUUGAACAAAGUGAUUGACUUUGUUAGAGAGAAGGUGAAUGAACACAGAGUGGAUUAUGAUCCUUCAAAUCCUCGAGACUACAUUGACUGCUUUCUAGCUGAGAUGGAAAAACUUAAAGACGACACAGCUGCAGGGUUUGAUGUGGAGAACUUGUGCAUCUGUACUCUGGAUUUGUUUGUAGCAGGAACUGAGACCACCUCCACCACUCUGUACUGGGGUCUUCUCUACAUAAUAAAAUAUCCUGAAAUACAAGCUAAAGUUCAGCAGGAGAUUGAUGCUGUUGUUGGAGGCUCACGGCAGCCAUCUGUAUCAGACAGAGACAACAUGCCCUACACCAAUGCUGUCAUUCAUGAGAUACAGAGGAUGGGAAACAUAGUCCCAUUAAAUGUGUUUCGAAUUACUGUAGAAGAUACUCAGAUAGGAGAAUACUCUAUUCCAAAGGGCACUCUUGUGAUUGGCAGUUUGACAUCAGUGCUGUUUGAUGAGUCUGAGUGGGAGACGCCUCACUCUUUUAACCCGGGUCACUUCCUGGACGCUGAGGGCAAAUUCAGGAGGAGAGAUGCCUUUUUACCUUUUUCUCUAGGAAAGAGAGUGUGUCUUGGGGAGCAGUUGGCGAGGAUGGAGCUCUUCCUCUUCUUCUCCUCUCUGCUGCAGCGCUUCACUUUCUCUCCACCAGCAGGUGUGGAGCCCAGCUUGGAUUAUAAACUGGGUGGUACUCACAGUCCCCAGCCAUAUAAAUUGUGCGCAGUGCCACGAUAAGACA